AGCCUUCAUCCAGUCAUAUCUUAUCCUCACAACAUGUUGUCAAAGAGGAAACUCAGAGAGGGAAAGCAUUUUCCUCAAGGUCACACAGCAAGUGACCAGCUUCUGGAUCUGAAUCCUCUCUCUUUCUUGGCUUUUCCACUCUGGGGACCCAGAAGCCAUUGGACUAGGUUCCCAGUGCUGAGGGGGUGAGGGGCAGGGAGGAGCUGGAGAUCUAGGAGUGGGAGAGACUUGAAGGGUGAUCAGUGCUGGGAGUGGUAGACAUGAAAGCCUGGUGGGAGGGCCUCCAAGGAGGCACCCAGCACCCACCCACCAAGGCUGAGUGUGUGGGUUUCAGGGGCAGCAGGUAGCUGAUGGGAGGCAGAUUUGCAGAAGAGGUAGUGAUCAUUGGUCACCCUGCUCCCACCGGUUGAGGAAACUGAGGACUACAACAGGGCCACUGAACUUGGCAAUUUAGUGGUCUCUGGUGACCUUGGCCAGAGCAGUGCCAGGGAAAUGCGGGAAGGAGACAGACUACAGAUGUACAAAUUAUAGGAUGAUAAUGAUGUGGAGGGGUGAAGGGUAGGCUCCAAGGAGGGUGAGCAGGGAAACUUCUUGCUCCCCUGAAAAUAGAGAAAACUGGGCAUGGGGCAUAUGGGGACUCUGUACUAUCUUUGUAAUUUUUCUGUGAAUUUCAAACUGUUCUAAAAUUAAGUUUGUUUAAAAAUAUAGAUGGCAAAGAGGUAAGAGUGGGUGUGGCUGGAGUUUGUAGGUGGCUGGGGGGAAGUAGGAAUUUGAGGAAGGGAGAGCAUGCAGGUAGGGCUUCUGUUUUUUGGAUGUGAAAUUGAGUGAGCAGGAGGCUGGGGAGGGGGCUUCGGGAUGGGGAGAUGAAAGGCAUUCUGGGCUGGGAAAAGUCAAAGGAAGCAGGAAGGGACGAGGCUGGAGAUCCCUCUACCUACCGCUCCCAGGCACCCCUCAGCCCUGCUGUGGGGUCUUCCUCCCUCCCCGGAAAUCCUACUGACUCUGCCUGGGACUUGCUCCAAGUGGGGGCUGUGGAGAAACCAGGGGUCCAUGGGCAUAGUGGACGCAGAGAGUUCACAUGAAAUGUAUUGAGUUUUAAGAGGUUCUUCCCACCCCAAAGUGCUGGGACCCACUGCUGGAGAUCAGUGCACACACUGCUCUCCUCCUCUUGGCCCAGCUGGUUACCCAACUCAGAACUCAGAGGCCCAGCCCCACCACCUCCCAGAUUGGACCAGGUAAAGUUUGCUCAGGUUCUGUCACCUCCUCUGGGAAGACAGGGGUGGGAGGCUUUGUAGGUGGUGGUAAAGGCUUCUGAGAGCUGCAGAGGGUUUCAGGAUUCCAGCUCAGACAGGAGCAGAGAUGCUCCAGGAGGCCCUGGCAGUGGUGUCCACUUCCCCUCGAGGGACUCCUCUUAGGCCCCAGUGUUUUCUGUGUUCAGAGCUUUGGGAAAUUAAGGUGCCAGGAAGCUGGCCCUGGAGUGUCCUUGGAGGAGCCCUGCCCUGAGAGUCUGGGGUUAGAUUCCUCUGGGAGGCCUGAGGCUUGGGAGAGAAGGCAAAGGAUCUCCUAGUCUAGCCCCACCUGAGAGGACUCAGGGGGCAGCUGGUAAGGGAGGGGUGCUCAGCAUAGGGUAGGGCAGGGAUGGGGUAGAGGUUGGCAAUGUUGGGGUAAGGAGCUGAGAAUGGUCUAGGAGGCAGGGAUGGAGGGGUGUGGUUGGGAACAGGGAUCAGAAUGGGAAUAGGGUAGGUUGGAAAGAGGAGGGUGCAGCUAGGGAUGGGGUCUGAUGAAUGGGUAGUGGGUGUGUGCUAAGCAUGGGGUUGGGAGUGGGGCUGGAGCUGGGAGGGGAAAGGAAUGGGCUGGAUUUGGAGAUGAAGACAGCAGUGGACAGUGAUGAGGAUGGACUAGGAAUGGGCCUUUCAGAGGUGGGGAUGGGCUGCAGAUGGGCCAGGGGCGGCUGGCACGGGAAUUGGGUUGGGGCUGGAGGUUGGGAUGGACCAGUGAUAGGGGUGAAGCUGGGUGGAGAUAAAUUAAGGACGGAGUGGGGCUGGGCCGGAUUGGAAUGGAGUGGAUUUGGGAUUGGGACCGGGAGCUGGGAAGGAGAGGGAUGAAGCUGGGCCUGGAUAGGGAUUGGAGAGGUGGGGACGGGGCUAGGUUUGUGGCUGGGGACACCACAGGUGAGAAUUUGGGACUGGGGAAGAAUGGACCCGUGCAGAUGGGUAUACCCGCCCGGGCGCGGGGUGCAGGGACUGACGGCGAGGGGCGUGGGGGCGCCCCGGGGCAGGCCGGGAAGGGGGGGCGGGCCUCCCCCCGGCCGGGUCGGGGCGGCGCUAGGACCGAGCGCGCGGAGUGAGCGAGCCGGGCGGAGCCAGCGCCCCCCGCCCCCCGCCGGCCGGCUCCCCUCCCCCGGCCGCUGGCUCGCUCGGCUCGCAACGCUGCAGAGGCUCCGAGGCGGCGGCGGCGCGGCGACUCCCUCUUUCCCUCCCUCCUUCUCCGUCCGUCCGUGCGUCUGUCCGUUCGGCCUCGGUCCGGCCCGCAGCAUGGCCGGCGUCAGCUUCAGCGGCCACCGCCUGGAGCUGCUGGCGGCGUACGAGGAGGUGAUUCGGGAGGAGAGCGCGGCCGACUGGGCUCUGUACACAUAUGAGGAUGGCUCAGAUGACCUCAAGCUUGCAGCGUCAGGAGAUGGGGGCUUGCAGGAGCUCUCUGGCCACUUUGAGAACCAGAAGGUGAUGUAUGGCUUCUGCAGCGUCAAGGACUCCCAGGCUGCUCUGCCGAAAUACGUGCUCAUCAACUGGGUUGGCGAAGAUGUGCCUGAUGCCCGCAAAUGUGCUUGUGCCAGCCACGUGGCUAAGGUGGCCGAGUUCUUCCAGGGCGUCGAUGUGAUCGUGAACGCCAGCAGUGUGGAAGACAUAGAUGCGGGCGCCAUCGGGCAGCGGCUCUCCAACGGGCUGGCACGGCUUUCCAGCCCCGUGCUGCACCGACUGCGGCUGCGUGAGGAUGAGAACGCCGAGCCGGUGGGCACCACCUAUCAGAAGACCGACGCAGCUGUGGAGAUGAAGCGGAUUAACCGCGAGCAGUUCUGGGAGCAGGCCAAGAAGGAGGAAGAGCUGAGGAAGGAGGAGGAGCGGAAGAAGGCUCUGGAUGAGAGACUCCGGUUUGAGCAAGAGCGGAUGGAGCAGGAGCGGCAGGAGCAGGAGGAGCGGGAGCGGCGCUACCGGGAGCGGGAGCAGCAGAUCGAGGAGCACAGGAGGAAACAACAGACUUUAGAAGCAGAGGAGGCCAAGAGGCGGUUGAAGGAGCAGUCUAUCUUUGGUGACCAGCGGGAUGAGGAGGAAGAGACCCAGAUGAAGAAGUCAGAAUCGGAGGUAGAGGAGGCAGCAGCCAUUAUUGCCCAGCGACCUGAUAACCCACGGGAGUUCUUUAAGCAGCAGGAAAGAGUUGCAUCGGCCUCCGCAGGCAGCUGUGAUGUGCCCUCACCCUUCAACCACCGACCAGGUCGUCCGUACUGCCCUUUCAUAAAGGCAUCGGACAGUGGGCCUUCCUCCUCCUCCUCUUCCUCCUCCUCCCCUCCACGGACUCCCUUUCCCUAUAUCACCUGUCACCGCACCCCAAACCUCUCUUCCUCCCUCCCAUGCAGCCACCUGGACAGCCACCGGAGGAUGGUGCCUACCCCCAUCCCUGCCCGGAGCCCAUCUGACUCCAGCAUGGCCUCUACCCCUGUCACUGAGCAGAUCGAGCGGGCCCUGGAUGAGGUCACGUCCUCGCAGCCUCCACCACUGCCACCACCACCCCCAGCAGCCCAAGAGACCCAGGAACCCAGCCCCGGCCUGGAUAGUGAAGAGACCAGCAAGGAAGCCAGAGCAGCAGACCCUCAGGCCUGGGCCAGCCCCCUGGAGGAGUCCCCUCAGGCACCAGAGCCUCCCCAGGGCCAAGGCAGCCCCACAGAGGACUUGAUGUUCAUGGCGCCUACAGAGCAGGCAGUCCUGGCUGCCUCUCUAGAGCCUGCCAUGGCUGGAGCCUCUGCAGCUGACACCCCAGCAGCUGAUGCCAUUGAAACCGACGCUGCCGCUGCUGACACCAGUGUUGCCAACACCAUCACCCCUGCCACUGCCAGCCUCAUUGACCUAUGGCCUGGCAAUGGGGAAGGGGCCUCCGUACCCCAGGCUGAGCCUAGGGCCCCCACACCACCCUCAGGUGCCGAAGUCACUCUGGCAGAAGUGCCCCUGCUGGACGAGGUGGCUCAGGAGCCACUGCCGCCGGCUGGUGAAGGCAGUGCCAACCUUCUCAAUUUUGAUGAGCUGCCUGAGCCACCAGCCACCUUCUGUGACCCAGGGGAGGAAGUAGAAGGGGAGCCCCUGGCUGCCCCCCAGGCUCCAACUCUGCCCUCAGCUCUAGAGGAGCUGGAUCAGGAGCCGGAGCCGGAGCUGGAGCCAGAGCCCCAGCUGCUGACCAAUGGCGAGACCACCCAGAAGGAGGGGACCCAGGCCAGUGAGGGGUAUUUCAGCCAAUCACAGGAGGAGGAGUUUGCCCAAUCGGAAGAGCUGUGUGCAAAGGCUCCACCUCCUAUGUUCUACAACAAGCCUCCAGAAAUCGACAUCACCUGCUGGGAUGCAGACCCGGUACCAGAAGAGGAGGAGGGCUUCGAGGGUGGCGACUAGCGGUGAUGCUUGCCCUCAGGCUGCCCUCGCCAAGGCCGCCCACCUGCGCUGGCCUCUGGCCAGACGGCCCGCAGUGCCUGCACUUGCAGCAGCUCCGCCUGGCACCCACUCUGGAUUCCGGCCCUGGCCGGGGACUUGGCCGCUUCCCUACCCACAGGGCCCUACUUUUACAGCUUUUCUCUCUUUUUUAAAGUUGAUAGGAGACUUGUACAGUUGACUGGUUUUCCUCCCGUUGGUAGUUGAGAUGCUGUUGCAAAUUCCACCCCCUUCCCACCCGGUCCAGAUUGUAGCUCUUAGUCCUCCCUGCUCACUCAGCUGGCCGGGGUGGAGGCCUCACCCUGCUUGGGGCCUGGCGUGGGGGGAAGUUCUGGUGGGAAAAUGUUCCCCCCACCUCUUUUCCUAGUUUUCUGUUUCUUGGAAAAAUAUCACUUUGUAUUCUCUGUCCAGGGCUUCAGAUAUUUUGCACGAAUUUUAAAACAUGGCAAUAAAUGGCUCGUGGGCUCUGGUUCCCUGGGACCCGCCCCCCUCCCCCCUUCUCUUGACCCCUCCCAACCUGGUCCGAAGGAAGUAGCAGGCCCAGCUGGGGCCUCUCAGCUUCCUGGCCCUUUCCUGCCCCCUCCUGCUGGGCAGGUCCCAGGCUGGAGGCCCUAGGCGUGAUUCAGGUCAGGGCUAUGGGUGGCCCCUUUCCAUCUCCUCCCUCUUUGCUUGGGUUCCUUUUUCACGUUCAGUAACUGUUUUUUGGAAAGCACAAACUUCUGUAACAGGUCGUGCUCAUGUCUGUUAAUAAAGAAAUCCAGAUCCC